UAAAGUCCCCGACAAGUUUUAGGGAGCACCCAAUUGCAACGCACAGGGUUUGGGAACACGUGGUCCUGGAGUUUCCCAUUUGUCAAACCGAGCUCUCACCCCGUGCUCAGUUCUUGAGAGGGCUUGACUAAACACAUAUUCACAGAGAGAGCCAUUUUCCGGCGAUCUUCGGCGAAGAAAGUCAUAUUACUGCAAAAUAUGAAUGACCAGGGUUCAGAUGACCUUCCGCCGGGUUGGACCGUGGAGGUGAAAGUGAGAAAGAACGGUAAAAGAGAUAAGGUUGUAGUUGAGAAAGCUAUAGCAGAAGGAUUACCUCCAGGAUGGAUCAAAGAAGUCAGAGUAACAAAAAAGGGUCAUAAGAUCAGAAAAGACCCGCUCUACACUGAUCCUAUCAGUGGAUAUGUUUUCCGCUCUAUGAAGGAUGUAUCUCGCUAUCUUGAAACUGGGGAAUUAGGAAGGCUUGCGUUUAAGCCGAAGGACAAAGUCAGCAUUGGUGUAGAAUUGGAAUGUGAUAACACCUCUUCACAUGAUGUUGCAAAGAAGCAGAAAUUAGCACUAAGUAUCCCUGGGAAACAGAUAAUUUGUGAUCAGAGCCCAAAGCUCAAUGAUAUGGCAAAGGAUGAACAGAUACCUAAAUCUGCGUGUACAGAAAAAUGUCUGCCUCUCCCUGAGCACACUUCUGAUCAGUCAGGAAGGCUGGACAUUCAUUUGAGCAGCUCAAACCUGCCGGAAGCCAAGGUUUCAGAGCAGAUAAAAGGGAAGAAUAAUUCUAAUGAAAGUUUGUUUGUUUCUGCUCCUGCUGUUGGAUUUCUUCCGGAUAAUCAAUCAUUGAGAAAUGAGGGGACAAUACAUGAAGUUGGAAAGGCCCAACUUGGUAUGCGCAAACCUAAAAAUAAAAAAGAAUAUAACUUGCCUCGUCGAGCUUCAAAACGACUGGCUGGACUUGAUAUUGAUCCAACCCCAGAACUAAAAACUAGUCAAGCCCGGCGAAUUGUUGUUAAGCAGUCAGGUGAGGCAGGGGCUAGUACACCUCCAUGUUGUUCCCCUGGUAGUUUGGCUCCUUGGGAAUCCCAGCAGCCUACUCAGCUUGAGGGUGAGCUGGAAGCAGAGAGUAAUGUUGACAGCUCUAAAAGCACAAAAGUGUUGGAGUCCACCAAUAGAACACAUAGUUAUGCAGACUUGACCACUCCAGUAGAGCAUACUGGAAAGGCACAAAGAGAGCAUAAGGAUGAGCAAAAGCAACAAUCCUCUACUGCUUCGCCUGUGAGGAAUGCAGCUAUUUUGGAAGAACAUGCUGGAAAGGUUGAAAAAGGGAAAGAAAACAAUGAGAAACCAGAUAUUCCUAUCGAACUGCCUUCCAUGGAUCUAUGGUCUGAUCCAUGCAUCCAAUUUGCUAUAAAGACUCUCACUGGAGUAGGUGUUGACAGUCCCAAAAGCACAGAAAUGUCAGCGAUAUCAAUCAAUAGUCGGCAUGCUACUGGGGACUUGGCUACUUUAGCUUUUCCAGAGCAAACUAAGGUAGAAGCAAAAGUUAAGGGUGACAUGAAGCAAGGAUGCCCAGUUGUUUUGCCUUUCCAGAACCUAGCUACUCCAAAGCAGCAUGCUUGGAAGGUUGAAAAUAAGUUCAGCGACUAUGAGAAGCCUGGAUCACCUCUCAAUAUGACCUCUUGUGAUUCAUGGAUGGACCCAUGCAUAGACUUCGCCAUAAAAACUUUGACUGGUGCAAUUCCAGUGGAUUGUGUUCUUGAUAUUCAUAACUCCUUUCAGUCACAACAAAGCUCAUCGCAAACCCAAACAAGUAGUGGCUUGACCUCAUCGAAUGUUGCUUUCAAUAAUUCUUGUCAAACUGAUUUUUUUUGUCAGCAGUUUGACACCAUGGAGAAACCUGAUUAUAGACAUCAAGCUCUGUUAGAUCCUGUAUUACUGCAAACAGGGCAUGCUGGCUUACAGAAUUCAGGUACCACUGUUCUCCACCAACCAAGUGAAGGGAGAGGAUCAAGAGGCAAUAGAUGCCAAUAAUAAGCAAUCCAUGUGUACUGACUUCAUUUGUACAGCUUUAGAGACCUCGUAGAAAGAUGCUUCCACGCUUAUAACCUUUUGGUUUCUUGUGCUAAUUCCCCACUGCAGCAUGAUUCCUAUCCAAGUUGAUUCCUUGUACUUUUUAAGAAGCAGCUAGGCUAUAGUUGUAGUUAUGCAUACUUGUGUCUGGAGCUGUAUUGUUAAUCAGGAAGCAUGCAUGGGGCACUUGUCUUUUUAUCAAUUUACACCGUGUAAUGCUACUGGGCUUGUGUUGCCUCUAGUUGCUUUUCUUUGCUUAAGCUGUAAUUUCAGUUGCCCAUCCCACUGUGAGUGUUUUCCAAGCACUCUAGUUCGACAACUGAUACGAUUACUAGGAGUCUAGGAGGAAAUUUUAUGACCAAAGCACUGGAUCACUGUAUUCAUCUUGUGAUAUUGGACUUAAAACCACUGAUAUUUUGUUAAAUCACUUCUGAUAAGUUGCCAUUA